AUGAAGACAUGUAAUUUUGAUAGAUUUGAUAUUCUUCCAAGGAACGAAGAGCGAUUUAUGAAAUUAAAUUGGACAUUUAUUACAUCCAAAAUUGCUCUCAACGGUGAAAUAAAUAUUGGAAUGCAAGUUCAGACACAUGUAUUGACGAGUUGUGUAUGGUUUGAUGACAACUUGGGCUACAACAACAACAACAAGUGGCACAGCAGCGAAGAUGAGGCUUUGAGGUUAAAGGCAAACAUUCAUCAUGACGAGUCCGAAGAUGAAGAGCCUCUUCCUCCUGAGCCAAGACCAAUAUCCACGUUAGCAAUUUCUAAUUUUCAAUCGGACGAUAUUGAAUCUCUUCUCAAUGAAGAUUUACUAAAAGAAAUUGAGAAACAAUAUCUUAAAUCGAACAACAAAUUAAAGAACAAAUCUCCAAUUACAUCAACCAGGAAUUUAAGAAUGGAUCAUACUAUUGCAGAUUCAUCAAACAACGUUAAAUCUGGCUCGAUCAGAGACACAAGCGAAGCCUUUCAUCAUUCAUCCCUUUCAUCUCAUCCAAUUCAAAUGGACAUGAUUCAUAUCAUUAAGGGAGUUGUGAGUGCAACUGGAUCCAAUUGUUACAAAAUCAUCACUGAACAAUAUAUUAAGGAUGUGGUGAAAAUCACCAAAACAAGUUUAAUGUGGAUUUCAAACAUUUCUAAAACAGACCACUCAUCAUGCAUUUUGGAACUUAAAAGCAUUUCCUCAUUGAAAAAGAAUAUAUCACCAUGCGAAAAAGUGGUUCGAAUUUCAGUCUACUCCUCUCAGAAAGGAAGACCAAGAAAGUGUGUUGUUUCCACUUCACAUCAUCCAAAUUUUGGUUUUAAAGUGUUAACUGAAGAUUGGAUCUUUGAUCAUCAUUUGGAAUUAUCAAAGAAAGGUGAAUCCUCAAUGCUCCUACCAGACACCAUUUCAUUUCCAGAGCAUUUAGUGUUGAGAUAUUUGAGUUUAACUUUUAUUGGAUCUCAAACAUUUUCAAGUACUCACAGAAUUAAACAUUUAUCAGUAACAUUGGAAGAUAACAUUCAAGACGAAGAAUACUUGGAUUUGGUACGACAAGAAUUGGUUCAAGGAGGAGUAUCUUCAGAACCAAUUCGUCUCGAGAAAGACUCCACUUCUGUUAAAAAUGCAAAGAAACAACUCUCCAAUCCACAACAAGAAUGCUCGCAUACAGAUCCGACUGAACGCAUAACACCACCAUCACAGGAAGAAGAUGAACCAUUGAUCGUGAGCAACAAGGAUAUUGAUUUGAACAAUAAUGAAACUACGACAUCCAAUGCCAUGCUCAUGAAAAUUCUCAACACUAGCACACAAAGUGAUCAAUUUACAGAUGAUUCAUUAUUAGAAGAUUUAGAUGAUUUGAGAGAUGAAUUGAAAGGAUCUACUCUUAGUAUGGAUAGCAGUGAUGGUGCUAAUAACAUGAUUGAAACAUUGAAUCAUGGUAGCAGUGUAUCUUGUCCUAUUUUUGAUGAAUUCGUCAAAGAUCAAAGAGUACCACCAAUCAUCACCAUGGAUGAAGAAUUAAUUCAAAAGGAAAUUGAAGAAAUUGAAGCAAAAUUAAUUGAAAAGAAACAGAAAUUGGAUUCUUUGAAUAAUUCACCAGUUAAAAAUUUGAUAUCCCAAAGGUCUUUGUUGAUUCAACCAAAGACGAGUAGUGGUGGUGGUGAUGGUAUGAAUCGUGUAGAUGUGAAUAUCAAGGGUCAUAGCAAUAGUAGUAGUAGUCGUAACAGUAGUAGUACUAUUGGUGGUGAUCAUGACAGUCAUAACCUUUUACUUGCUACCACCCAUGACGAUGAUGAAAGUAAGACUCAUCAUGAAAGGCAUGACAUGAAUCACCCAACGACCACCAUAACACACCAAAAGAGUAUUCAUAAUUCUACAAGUAAUAUUCACUCGAAUGACUCUCGUGUCAAUGGUAAGAAGAAUAGGACUCGUAGUAAUGAUGAUCACACACUGAGUGAGAAUACCAUUGCUCAUGAAACUUUGAACACCACGUCGACGACAUUACAAAACAAGUCAAAGAAUAUUCACAAAUCCAAGGAAAAGACAUUAUCACUGAACAAGCAUGUGGACACCAAUCCAAUAGUAUCGAAUAAGGAUUCUACUAACUCCACACACCCCAUCGUUUUAAAUAUACUUCCAAAAGAUCGAACCAUGAAUCAUACAAGAAAUUUCAAUUCGAACAACAAGACAAAAACUCAUCGAAUAAUGAAUAAUGAUGAUGGUGGUGGUGGUGGUGAACAGAACAUGACACCACCACAACAACAAGUACAACAUAAUCUAUCGAUUAUUCCUAACAAUGACGAUGGAAUGAAUCAAUCAAAUCAUUCGAAACCAUCUGUGAGUCAAAACAAAACAAGAAAUACUCAUAUGGUUGGAUCUACACCAACCACGAUUGAUAUUUCUUGUUCACACAAGAUGAACCACAUGAAUAUAUCUCAAAACCAUCCUCCUGACAUGGUUCGAAACACUUCGAAUCAUCAUUUACUAGUCAUUGAGUUUUCUCCCAAUUCUCAACAUGAUCUUCAAUCAUACGAUAGAUAUGGAAGUAAGCUUGAACAACCAACGAGUAUGAGAAAACCAAAUUCAUCUCUUAUUCAUUUCCUCUAUGAUAUUAAGAAGAAACAACAAGAAAAAAAGAAUAUUUUUAACACCAACAGUCAUGAAACAAGCGUGUUUCACUCGAAAGAACAAGGAAAGAAUGAAAAGAAUCAAGAAAUGAAAGAUCAUGAUAAGAAAUUACCAAUAGUGAACACAGAUCUUCAACAGAUUCCAUCACUUGAACUGACUGAUUUCAUGAAACACUGCACACCUUCAAAUCAACCUUCUUCCUCACAUUUCUCUACAUUUGAAGACCAUGUCAUGCAUUCAAAAAGUGAAUCUACUCUACUUCAUCAUAACAGUCAUGUUCAUGAUGAAUCGAGUAGUAGUAAUAGUAGUAAUAGUGAAGAGACUCAAAGUGAUGUUUCGAGUGAUAUUACUCUCACUGUCGUUGCUGAAGAUGAUGAUGAUGAUACAAUGAAUGACUUUGGGUCCUCUCACAUGACCACCAUAAUGAUGGCGCAUGAAAAGAAUUAUAAGAAUAUACCCAUGUUAUUCAAUGUACCACCAUUUACCAUGUCCUAUAAUACAAGUCCUCGUGUGAUCAUGAAUGAAGAGGAUCCUCUUGUAGUGAAACUCUCAGAUUCGAGAACGUUCAAUGAAUAUUCCAUCAUGCAUGAUCAAUGGUGUUACAAUCGUGAAGAAGAAGAGCAUCACUAUCCUCAUCAUACACUGGAGAAUGAUGAUUUACAUGAUGAUGAUGACUUGUUGAAUGAUGAUGAACAAAACCAUUCACUUCUUGAUGACUUGAAGAAUACAAGGAUUGGGCACACACCCAUCAGAGCUCCACCAAGUCCACCCUUCAGAGUAAUUAAUGAUGAUACACCACCACCAUCGAAUACAUUAUUACUACCAUCGAAUACAUCCUCACUCAUAUCCUCUUUGAAUUUUGAUGAUUUAGAUUUCAGUUCUAUGGAAACCUUAAAUGAUCAUCAGCAUGUUGGACUACAUACAUUGGAUGGAGUGAAUCAAGAUCAAAAUGAUGACUCUUCUUCUGUGUUUCAAAAUGAUGAACAAGAAGAAAUGAAUCCAGUGCAUGAUGCACUAUCAUUACUGAAUACGAUCACUGAUCCUACUACUGCUACUAGUACUAGUACUUUGGAUAUUUUAAAACAAUUGGAAGAGGAAAUGACAAAAUCAUUAUAUCAUGAUGUUGUUGGUGUUGAACAUUCAUCAGAGAUUGUAAAAGAACCAAUACUAGAAGAAUAUGAAGAAAUUCAACACGAAUUAUCACAACAUGAAGAAGAAAUUCAACACGAGUUGUCUCAUGAAGAAAAUCAUGAUGAUAUCAUGUCUUCCAACAACAACAACAACAUGACUACACAUAAGGAUGAUAGAAUGAAUUCUCCUUUUCAUCACUCAACAGAAAUUAUUGGAGAAACCAUACAGUUGGAUGAUGAAAGGACCAAGAACCAUGAUACUACUCAAUCAAACAAUGAUCACCAACAUUUCAAUCAACAGCUAACGUUAAUGACUCAUUCUGAGAAUCCAAUGAUUGUACAUGAGGAAGAACAUGAUAUCAUUCAGAGUUUUUUAGAUGAAACAAAUACUACGAGCUGUACAUCCGAAGAAUAUGACCUCAAUGAUUCUCCCAACAUUACACCAAGAAAUACCAAGACGAACAAUACCACUCCAUACUACUAUUUAAGAAAUUCUCAAUCAAGUCCUGUCUUUCACACUCCUUCCUUGCUGAAUGUAACAACAACACCUUCCACCAUGACACCUUCUCGUUUAUUACUCAAAGGUGAACCAACACGAUUAUUUUCUUUAAAGAAGGGAAUUGAAUGUUUUCAACAUGUUUAUGACAUGAAAAAGAAGAAUUUUAAAAAAUCUAAAAGAUUAAUCAAAUUAGAUAGAGAUUCAAAGAUUUUAACCAUUUCUAGAAAGGCUCAAUUAUUCAAAAAGAGUGUUAAAAUUAAUAUUUACAAGGAUUUGAAAUGGAUUGUAUAUGGACCCUAUUCAAAGACAUUUAAAGAUGAAUUAUAUCAAUACCAACAACAACAACAACAAUUACAACAACAAUUUACAAAAUUCAAUCCUCACACAACAACGACUACCAAUCAUACUUUAAAGAGAAAUUCAUUACAACAAGACCAUAAUAUUUCACUAUUACAAUUUGUACCAUGGAGAUGUUUUUCAAUGGUUACCGUUCAUGGAGUGUAUUGUUUUGAAAUAUCUAAUCAUGAUAAGGAGUUGGAUGAUUUCAUUUUAGGAUUACAAUUCUUAACAAAAUCCGUGUUAGAACCUCAACGACCCAUUUACACGAAACAUUCAUUAGUAGUGAAGAGAUUGUUUUUGAAAAGAGAAUAUGGAGGUCAAGUCGAGCCGACCUUUCUGAGACUAGCAAUCACUACUGAAUAG